CACGCCCCGUCCAUCCAUCCGGCCACUCGAUUCCCAGGAUAGAUUCUGGUCUGGUUCAGUGUGUGUGUGAGCUUCUCCCUUCUUCUGAUCGCGUGUGUGUGUGUGUGUGUGUGUGUGAGAAAGAGAGAGAUCUUGAUUGGUUGCACGUACGAGGUACGUGCGUGUCGGUCGGGUGGUCGAUCAUGUCGAUGGCGCAGCAGGGACAGGGGGCGGCGACGUCGCUGCCACCGGGGUUCCGGUUCCACCCGACGGACGAGGAGCUGAUCCUGCACUACCUCCGCAACCGCGCCGCCGCCGCGCCGUGCCCGGUCCCCAUCAUCGCCGACGUCGACAUCUACAAGUUCGACCCAUGGGACCUCCCCUCCCAGGCGGUGUACGGCGACUGCGAGUGGUACUUCUUCAGCCCGCGGGACCGCAAGUACCCCAACGGCAUCCGCCCCAACCGCGCCGCCGGCUCCGGCUACUGGAAGGCCACCGGCACCGACAAGCCCAUCCACGACGCCGCCACCGGCCAGGGCGUCGGCGUCAAGAAGGCGCUCGUCUUCUACACGGGCCGCCCGCCCAAGGGCACCAAGACGGCCUGGAUCAUGCACGAGUACCGCCUCGCCGCCGACCCCCUCGCCGCCGCCGUCAACACCUACAAGCCCAUCAAGUUCCGCAACGUCUCCAUGAGGCUCGAUGACUGGGUGUUGUGCCGGAUCUACAAGAAGACAGGCCUGGCGUCGCCGAUGGUGCCGCCGCUCGCGGACUACGACCACAUGGCCGACCACGACGACCUCUCCAGCGGCGGCACCUUCACCGACGCCACCUGCAGACCCAUGAUAAGGCAGCAGCACCACCAGCAGCCACACGCCGGGAGGCUCCCGACGUUCCCGUCCUUCUCCGAGCUGUUCGACGACUACGCGUUCGGGCAGAACUUGGACACCUACGUCGAGCACGGCGCCACCCACCACCUCGCCGUCCAUCCCUCCCUGAACCAGCUCCUCCCCGUCGGCGACAGCAGGCACGUAGUGGAGCCGUCGUACUACUCGCCCUCGUCGUCGUCGCCGGACGCCAGCGGCGGGAGCGCGGGGAAACGCAAGGCGGCGAGCCCGGAAGAACCCGGCACGCACCAGCCGUCGGCCAAGAAGCUCAACGGGUCGUGCUUCGACGCGCCGCCGCAGUCGGCGAAUGGCUGGCAGGCCGUGGCGUCCGUGCUGGGCGGCCUCAACCAUCACAUGCUUCCUCAGUUCUAAGCUGCUCUUCACGACCCUUCUUCAAGAUCUUGCAGCAUAUAUGACCUGGUUGUAUGCUU